AUGGCCCAUUGGCAGCCACAGCAACAGGGCUUACGCGAAUUGCUCAUUCUUCUUCGUGGAGCCAUUCAGCCCGAGGGUCGAGACCAAGCUUUAGUUCAACAAAAACUGGCUUCGUUCAAUGAAAUUCCGGAUUAUAACUCGUAUCUUGUCUACAUCCUGACCAAAAUGCCUCAAGAAGAAUCGUAUACACGGGCCAUUGCCGGACUUACUCUAAAAAACAAUAUCCGAUCGUUUUUCAAUACUAUUCCCUUGCAUGUCCUCGAUUAUAUCAAAACAUCCUGCAUCGAAGCUCUUCACCAACCCGAUCCCGAUGUCAAUAUCCGAAAAACCGUGGGUUCUGUCAUUACGGCCAUUGUCACUCGAGGCCAGGUACACAACUGGCCCGACAUUUUACGUAUCCUCAUGGAAAAGCUUGACAGUCCUGAUCCAGUCACAGUAGAGAUGGCUUUUGAUACGUUGGGCAAGGUGUGUGAAGACGCUGCCCGCGAUCUGGACCAAGAGAUUGAAGGCGAUCGUCCACUGAAUUACAUGAUACCUAAAUUCAUCACCUUUUUCCACAACCCCGAUCCCAGGUUGCGAGUACAAGCCAUGGCAGCCACCAGUCAAUUUGUUUUGCUGCGGUCACAGUCGCUCAUGACCCAUAUGGAUCAAUUCUUGGCUGGAUUGUUUGCUCGAGCCACCGACGAGAAUGCCGAAGUACGUCAAGAAAUAUGUCGAUCGCUCGUCAUGGUGCUUGAGGCUCGUCCUGACAAACUAGCCCCUUCGCUUCCCUCCAUCGUCGAAUACAUGCUGUAUUGCACCCAGGAUGACAAUGAACAAGUCGCACUGGAAGCCUGCGAUUUUUGGCUCCAGUUUGUCAAUGUGCGCGACUUUCACGAUCGGCUCUUACCUUAUCUGGACCGCAUUGUACCUGUGCUACUGAAACGCAUGGUGUAUUCGGAAAUGGAUCUGUUGAUGUUCAGUGGUGAUGAAGAAGAUGCUCACGUGGCAGAUGAUGAACAAUCCAUCAAACCACGGUUUUAUCGGUAUAAGCACGGUCAGGCGAAACGAGAUACCCAGAGUAAAAAGGAAAAUAAGACCAAAGAUGAAUUGAAAGCCGGCGAAACUGAAGAUGACAUUACUUCGGAUAUGAGUGAUGACGAAUCCUUGGAUGAAGAGGAUGAAGACGACGAGGAUGAUGAUGACGAUUUGGAAGAUGAUGAAUUUUUCUCGGAAUGGACACUCCGUAAAUGCAGUGCUGCGGCAUUGGAUGUGCUCACCUCCACUUACAAAGACAAAGUUGUCCACAUCUUGUUACCCUUGCUUAAUCAAAAUCUCUUCAGUCAAGAUUGGAAAGAAAGAGAAAGUGGCAUUCUUGCAUUGGGUGCCGCGGCUGAAGGAGGAGUGGAUACGAUUGCGCCUCAUUUGCCGCAGUUAAUGCCUUAUCUUCUCCAGAGUCUUAAUGAUACCAAGCCUCUCAUUCGAUCGAUUACUUGCUGGGCCAUUGGUCGCUUUUCACGCUGGUGCGUCGAUCAAUGUGUUACUCCUGAAGGACGCGGGACGUUCUUCGAACCUGUAUUGUACAGUUUAUUACAACGCAUGUUGGAUAAAAAUAAGCGCGUGCAAGAAGCUGCUUGCUCUGCUUUUGCCAUGUUGGAGGAAGAAGCGACGCUUGAGUUGGUGCCGUAUCUCGAACCUAUUCUGGUGAAUUUGACCACCGCUUUUCGAAUGUAUCAACAUAAAAAUCUGCUAAUCCUGUAUGAUGCUCUCGGCACCCUGGCAGAAUCCGUCGGCUCAGCUCUCAAUCACCCACGAUGUUUGUCCCUCAUGAUGCCACCCCUAAUUGCCAAAUGGAACGAUCUCUCGGAUCAAGAUACUGAUUUAUUUCCCUUGCUUGAGUGCCUCUCCUCAAUCACCGCAGCCUUGGGCACUGGAUUUGCUCUUUUUGCAGAGCCGGUGUUUACAAGAUGUGUCAAACUGGUCGCAUCAACUCUGCACGAAACGUACCUUGCUGAUCAACAACCGCACAUGAUGGAACCGCCCGAUGUUGGAUUCAUGGUCGUUGCCCUGGAUCUAUUGUCGGGCAUGGUUCAAGGCAUGGGGGCUGAAGUCGAUCCUCUGGUCGCAAAAUCCGAUCCACCCAUCCUGUCCCUUUUAGCCGUCUGUAUACAUGACCCCGUCACGGAAGUGCUGCAGUCAACAUAUGCUUUGAUUGGCGAUUUGGCCAUCGCUUGUUUUGAACGACUUCGAUCUUAUCUACCUGCUUUUCUUACGGAACUUCUGCAGCAAGUUGGACCCAAUUUUCAAAAUGUUUCCGUAUGCAACAAUGCCAUUUGGGCCGCCGGCGAAAUUGCGAUACGAUGGCUGGCUGAUAUGGAACCAUUUGUGAAGCCACUUCUUGAACGAUUGUUUCCUUUACUGGUUGCUCCCGAGAUCCCAAAUUCAUUACGUGAAAACGCAAUGAUCACAAUUGGAAGACUUGGAUUAGCCUGUCCCAGCAUUGUAGCCGCCCAUUUGCCACAAUUUAUCAAACCGUGGCUGGCCGUAUCAUUUACAGUACGAGAAAAUGGCGAAAAGGACUCAGCCUUUCAAGGAUUUUGUGAAUUAAUUAAAGCCAACCCGGAAGCGGGCAUCCAGGACAUUAUUGUCCUCAUGAAAAUUAUAGGACAAUGGCAGUUGCCCACGCCUCCAUUAUUCAAACAAUUCAACGAGAUCCUAAUGGGGUAUAAAAACUUGAUGCCAGAGGAACAAUGGCAAGCGGUCGUGUCUGCAUUGACUCCGGACGUGCGACAAGUGUUAUCCCAACGGUAUGGCGGCAUUGUCGAUGCACCGUCAUAG